UAACCAUCGCUACAGACUUACUGCACAACCAUCCACAGUCUCAAAUAGCUCCCGAGAGGGGCCACCACCACUCCCGCGCCGCACGAUGCGCCGCAAUACCUUCCCGCUGCGGCCCAAAGCCGACGAUGUCCGCGUGCGAGCGCCGGAGCAGCCAAAGCGCAAGAUCUUCAACUGCAUCGUCGAUGACACCGCUUUGAUAGCUGGAGUCAAGAAGAGCACCCGCGACGGCAUCCGCAAGUGGAUUGCCCAAGACGCCAUCCGCCUCUUCGUCCCGCUUCACACUCUCGCCCAGAUUAACCGCCUGAAGAUUGGCAAUGACCGCACCAGCGCCGAUGCCCGCGAGGCCGUCAAAUGGCUCGACGACAUCACCUCCAUGCCCGCCGUCGAAACAUCCGGCCGCGUCCAGCUCGAAGGCGUUGACGAAGCAUAUGAUACCUGGGAGGAGGUGGAGAAAUUCAUGCUGCCCGAGACGCUGCUCUCCAUGGAGGAGAGCGAAUCAGACGAGGAUGAAUACCACGAAGACCUGGAGAGUUCCUUCAACGCCCUCGACCUCUCCGACGAGACCUCGAUGAGCUCUACCCACAGCGUCCCAAACUCGCCAAAGUCGCCACAGUCGGCAGUAUUCUCUGAGAGAUCCAACAAGCCGGCCGAUGGUAGCCCGCGCAAGCAAAUGCCGGCUGCCCUCGCUUUGGAGUCUCCCAACCGCACCGCUCGCAACAGCGCAGAGCUUCCCCGGACUGAAAAGCCUCCCAAGGGCAGUGUUCCCGCCUACCUUCGGCCACUGUUCAAUCAUAUCCUCUGGAGGAUCCACAAGGAGAGCAACCCCGACGCCGCCCUUGAGAACUUUAUCCUCCUCACAAACGAUCCCGCCAAGCAGAUGAUCGCUCAGAAGUUCGGCAUCCGGGCUAAGCGCCUGGAGCAGCUUCGGGAUGCCGUCGCGCGCGAGGAUCGAGAAUACAAGAACCAUCUAACGAUGUUCAAGAUGGAGUUCGAAGCGCACAAGGCGAAGGAGAACACUUCGGCUGAGCCCAAGGCUGCGGAUCGACCCAAAUCCAGCUACACGCCAGCUAGUAAGCCUACGACGGACUCAGAUGACGAGGACGAGGUGCUCUUGAAGCGUGCCCCACGUGGACCGUCUCAUCCUACCAGCAACCAGCGGGUCAUGGAUCCGAAUGACUUUGGACGCGCAAAUCAGCAUCACUCCGCACGCGGCGGCCGAGGUGGCUUCGGGCCCGUUCGUGGGCGUGGUGGACCGCCCCGUGGAGGACCGCGAGGAGGCUUUGCGCCUCGCGGAGCUUACGUGCCUUCAGGACCGACUUUCCGCUCUCCACCUGCCCCUCGUCACGAUCCGAACCAACCUAUCGAUCCGGAUUCGUUUGCUCGUCCCGCAGUUCGAGGGGGUCCUGUUCGCGGAGCUAGGAAGCUAUGGGAGCCAAAUUGAGCAAGUUGCAAGGCAUCAAUUAUGAUACGCUUUGAUUCGUUUCGACUCUCGUAUCCAAGCUCGUCGGUCACGGAGAGCUA